AUGUCUAUCCCCUGGAACGAUGACUCAGUCUUUGAGUCUUACAACCUUAUUGAAGAGACAUUCAAGACUGUCUCGUCUCAUAAUAUCAAAACAGCCAUUCUAAUCCCCAAAAACCUCAAGCCUGGUCACCAUCCAAUCAUCUAUCAUAUCCACGGUGGUUUUCUCGUCAUGGGAAGUGGCUUGUUCGGUCCUUUUUUCCCAAAGUGGGUUGACAAACUUGCGCUCCAAAACUCCGCCAUCAUCGUCUCCCCCGACUACAGAUUGUUGCCCUCUGCGAAUGGCCUGGAUGAUGUUCUCGAGGAUGUCGAAGAUGGCUGGCAGUGGACCAAGAAUAAUUUGCCUGAUAUCUUGGAGGAGAAGGCUCCUGGUCACUCUAUUGACUUUUCGCAUGUCCUUCUUGCUGGCGGAUCAGCUGGUGGAUACUGCUCUACCCAGCUUGCUCUCUCUCAUCCAGAGGAUUUCCACUCUCUUGCUGUCGUAUACCCUCUGCUGGACACAAAAGACAGACUCUAUCUUCAAGGUGCACUCCCCAACGAACCAACCGUGUUGCGCAUGCCGCUAGAAGAAAUUCCAUCAAUGGAAGACACUCUAGCUUGGAUCGAAAAAACGCGUAAGAAACCUGAAUCAAGAGCUGGUUUUGAGAGGACUCCCUUCGCAGUUGCAGCUUGUCAGCGGGGUAUUUUCUCAUCUCACAUGCUGGACAACAAGGGUCUUGACAAGGCGGAUUUCCAUCCUCUUGAGAGAAUCGAAGCUGGUGCCAAGUUGCCCAAACAUAUGUGGAUCAUGCAUGGAGAUGAUGACUCGACCGUCCCAAUCCGCGGCUCUGAGAAGUUCGUAGAUUUAGUGGCUGAGAGGUUACCAGAGACUGUUGUGCGGUAUGAUCCUGUUGCUGGCGAGGACCACGGAUUCGAGUUUGAUGAGAAGAGAUGGGAAUCUUUUGCUGAUGAGGCACUUGCCUUUGUGAGAGAUUCUUGGCUGGCUUAG